AUGAAAUCCGCUCUCCUCGCCUACGGCCUUCUGGCCUCAAGCGUCUCAGCACACAUCCAGAUGUCCAACCCCUACCCGAUCCGCAGCCCGCUCGACCCAAACGGUGAUGAAUCCAAAAAGGACUACUCAUACACGAACCCCCUCGACUCCAGCGGCAGCGACUACCCCUGCAAAGGCUAUGCCAAUGACCCCUUCCGGUCCGUAGCGACCUACAGUCCCGGCGGCACCUACGAGAUGGACCUCCAAGGCAGCGCGACCCACGACGGCGGGUCAUGCCAGAUCUCGCUGUCGUACGACACAGGAAAAUCCUUCCAGGUGAUUCACUCCAUGCUGGGCGGAUGUCCUCUCACGGAAUCGUACGAGUUCACGAUCCCGUCAGAUGCACCGACAGGCGAUGCGCUGCUCACUUGGACGUGGUUCAAUAAGGUCGGGAACCGGGAGAUGUAUAUGAACUGUGCGCAGGUUACUAUUGGGGACGGUGAUAGUAAGAAGAGGGACGUGGAGGAGAUGCGGAAGCGAGAUGCAUUUAGUUCGCUGCCGCCGAUCUUCAUCGCCAAUGUUAAUGGGCCCGGGCAGUGCACGACUAUCGAGAAUUAUGAUGUCAACUUCCCCCUGCCGGGACCUUCGGUUGAGGGCAGUAUCAAUGGCAGCAACACCGGGUUUACUUGCACUGGUGAUGCGCCCUUCUUGGAUGCGGGUAACAGUGGCUCGAGUGGUAGCUCCGGCUCUAGCUCUAGCUCUGUCAAAGAUGCCCCUGUGUCUACCCCCAAGCCGACUGCGUCCAGGCCGACUGUGUCUACCUCCCACGUUGCUGCUCAAGUUGUUGGCAGUACACCCGCGGCCUCCUCGUCCGCUAAGGUGGUUGCCUCGUCGUUUGGAACAGAGGCUGCGCGCGUUGCGACCGUCCCCACCGGGGUCUCGCACUCGCAGAACGAUGCUAGUGUCGCUGGCGCUGCUGACGAUGAGAGUGCCCGGUACGUUCCUGGCAAGCCUUGCGUCGAUGGGGCUAUCAUCUGUGGCCCUGAGGGUACUAGCUGGUCGAUGUGCAGCAAUGGACGUCCUAUCCAUAUGGGAUCUGUUGCGGCGGGAAUGUACUGCUCUCAUGGAGCGAUGCAUCGGUUGUAAAGAAUUGGGUGUAUAUGGUGGUCAGUGAAAGUUAUGGCAUCGUUUGUAUUAUGAUAUGUUCGGCUUCUUCCUUCGUUCUCUUGGAUAAUGCGCGUUGAUGACCGGGCGGAUGUGUUU